AUGCCUCCGCGCCAUUUCAUCCGCUAUCUUGUCACCGCGGCAGUCUUCAUCUGCGGCCUCAUAAUAUUCACCUCGACGUCGAGUCCCUCUACCGCUGCCGUUAUCGACGCACUAUCGUACCCAGAAGCCCUCCGAGAAGUGAUCCCCAAACUCACUGUCCCCACCCUCCGCUGGUCGUUCCAGAGCUCUGCGCACAAACCUCCUGAACAAAAGAAUAGCACCCAUGGAGACAGCUCAUGGUACAGCGAUUGGAAAUGGCUCAAUCCUUUUUCCUCCUCUGUAACGCUCGACGAGGAUCGAGUCGUGCUGCCUCCUCUGGCGGAACGGCCACCAGUCUACACGUUCUACGAUACUUCGAUCAAAAGAGAUGACGAGACCAAGAGCAUCGACAAGGAGUUUCUAUUGACGUGGAGGCGUGCUUGGUGGGCUCAUGGGUUUCGACCAGUGGUUCUGACGGAUGCAGAGGCCAUGAGCCAUCCGCUCUACCAGACCUUACAGGCAAAGGGCAUGCCCAUAGUCCUGGAGCAAGAGUUUCGGCAGUGGUUGGCUUGGGCUCAUAUGGGGACUGGCUUGCUUGCCAGCUGGAACUGCUUGCCUAUGGCCCCCGUUGACGAUGAUCUUUUAUCUCACCUGCGAAGAGGGCAGUUUCCUCAACUUACCAAGUUUAAGGACUUAGGUUCAGGCCUGUUUGCAGGGGAAAAGACCCAAAUCGAAGAUGCCAUCAAAUCCGCCCUCGACAGUGUCAAAUUGAGCUCUUACAAGACCAUCACCGACGCCAUCGACUCGGAGCGCUUUACAGUCGAACAGCCAACAUCCAUCGCCCAUUACGAUCCCAAGACAAUAGCUUCCAAAUACCCUAUUCUAGCAGAAUUGAUUGCCAAAGAUGUAAACAAGGGUCGACGUGCGCUCAACAAACUCAUGAUUGCUCAUCUUCAUGUCAUAUGGCAAAACACUUUCAGUGCCGGCAUUGCGGUCCUGCAGCCUCUGGCAGCUCACACCUUCACGCUUGUUCAACCCUCCAAGGAUCUAGCCCGUCUGCUUGCGGAAUGUCCCAGCACUAUGUUGCAAUCUUCCUGUCCGCCGAACCGGCCGAAGUGCUCUCCGUGCACUGGCUCGAAGCUGAGAAUCACCACUGCCCCUUCCUUCAGGAACACGUCGUCCUUGUUUACGAUUGCUGUUGUGCCUCACCCUUAUACGAUGAUCGCACUGACAAACCAAUCUGAUACCGUAUCCGUCGCUCAUAUCAGGCGGCACACUGAUCGAGAUCCUUGGAUAACUGCAGUCACGCGGGAUCUAUUGGGAGACGGCCGUGGAGGCCCGAGUCGGGUAGUGGCCUUGAAGGAUGCGGUGGCAUCAGAAUAUGGCAGUAGUCGCUCCUUGUGGUUUACUACCGAACAUUUCCCUGCGUCUUUCAACCCACCGCCUCCUCCACCAAAGUCGCCCACUAAUGAUGCCCGUCCAGCAAGGGAGGAAGUUGCGCCAUUCCCAGAAGAUUGGCUCACGCAUCUUGACUGGCACUUUGGCUUUCCCAUCCCAAGAACGACAGUGUCUCAUGGUGAGUCUCUGCCUCCAGUACCCGGACCUGAGCGUUGGGCCAAAUCUCCUGCUGGUCUUCCUGCCGAACGGAAGAAGUCCUCCGAUCCCGAUCCGCCUUCAGAAGAACAGGCUCAAAUUGAGGUCGAACUCUUACGGAAGGCAAGGAGAACCAUCAAUAGUAAAGAUGAGGCCGUGCUCAAAAUCCGCAGCGUGGCAGAGGCAUGGAAUCUAGCCGACACAGAGGCGUGGAAGUUUGUGAAGAGUUUCCGAGCCCGACAGAUCGUGGAAAGAUUGAAAUUUGAGGAGGAAGAGUCAGCGUACGAAACCGAGGGUGUGAGAGGAAAUAGCCGAUGGUGGGGGUCAUGA